AUGAAGUCGUUGUCAGUAAUAGCAGCGCUGCUGGGCCUCUUGGCCGCCGGUCCUUGCAGCGCCUUUUCCACCGUCGCUCUGCCUGCCAACUUCAAGCCCCCACCAGUCUUUAAGAACACCAACUUGGUGCACGUCAUUUCGGUUGAAAAGGCCUACGCAAAAGAGCAGAUCAACGUCCUGCUGGAGAACAUCUCCGACAAGCCUCAAGAUGAAUACUUUUUGCCCUUUACCGCCGAGCAAAUUGCCCGAGUUGGUGCCCUCGAAGCAAAGCAUCGCAAGGAUGACACCGUUGGACCCUUUGGAGUUGACCUGGUUGAUUAUGAUGCUCUCAGCGACGUCCAGUACUACCGCGUUACGCUGCCCACGCCUCUCAAGGCUGGCGGCCAGUACCCUCUGGCCAUCUCUUGGGUAUACUUGAACUCGUAUCGCCCACUGCCGGCCUCGAUUGGCCAGGACGAGCAGCAGUUCCUGGUGUACGACUUCUCCCUCUUCGCGCCAUCGGCUUAUACGACCUUGAAGCAAAAGACCGAGGUCAAGUUCUCGACCGUUACUAUCCCAGACUACACCACGACAUUCGGUCCCGAAGGCCAGAAGUAUCCUGAAAAGCUUGGCAGCAAGAUGCUAUACGGUCCCUUUGACGAGCAGCCUGCCGGCGCUUUCUUCCCCGCGCAGGUCAGAUUCGAGUUCACCAAGCCCGUGAUCCACGUGUCGACUCUCGAGAGAGAUAUCGAAGUCAGCCACUGGGGUGGCAACGUUGCCUUUGAGGAGAGAUACACUCUGUACCAUCUGGGUGCCAACCUCUCUACCCAAUUCAACCGCGUCAAGUGGGCGCAAUCUCAGUUCUAUAACCCUGCUUCCACAGCCUUGAAGGAGCUCAAGUUCCCUCUUCAGAUUGGGAGCGUUGACCCUUACUUCACAGACGCCAUCGGAAACGUGUCAACCUCUCGGUUCAGGAGCAGCAAGCGAGAGGCCAUGCUGGAGCUGAAGCCACGCUACCCCGUGUUUGGCGGCUGGAAGUAUCCGUUUACCAUUGGCUGGAACACCAACGCUGCUAACAUCUUGCGCAACACUGCCGAUGGAGGCCAUGUGCUCAAGAUCCCCUUUAUGGAGGGACCCAGGCAGGCCGAGGGUGUGGAGUACGGCGAAGUCAACGUCCGAGUCCUCUUACCCGAGGGAUCUGAAAACGUCAAAUUCUACACCAGCCUUCCCGACUCAUCGAUUGUUGAAACAUCCGUUGGUGUUCACAAGACCUAUCUCGACACCAUUGGCCGGACAUCCGUGACCAUCAAGGCCAAGAACCUAGGAGACGAAUUCCGAUUCCGUGAUCUCAUCAUCACAUACGAGACUCCGUUGGCUGGCACUCUCCGCAAGCCCGUGGUGGUCUUUGCAAGCAUGCUUGCAGUAUAUGCCGCGGCGUGGGCACUUGGAAAGGUGCAGGUGUACCUGUACGGUGAUGUUGACGAUGGCCUCUUGUCCAGCUCCUCAUUGGACAAUGCAGGACCUACAAGCACUGCGAUGACGCCAUUAGCGCCUCGCGAUGAUGCAGGUGUUCAAGUCAAAUCUGUUGAACAAGACAACAAAAAAGCCGUCAACACAGAGAUCCAAUCGCCAGAUCUAGAACCUCUUGUGCUACCCAGUCCAAACGAUUGCACAAAGCGACACAACCACAGCCUACAAACAAUGUGUUUCCGCGUGGAGCCAAAGGCCAAAUACUACUACCAGGAGGAAAUCAUUCCUUCGCGGCCGCACCGCCAUCAUCACCACCAUCACCACCACUCGCCGCGGGCCAGCUACUCGGCGGUUGAGCGCUACAGCCCGCGGGUCAGCACCAGCAGCUACAGACGCAGCGUGCCCUCGAGGGUCGUGUAUGAGGAGACGACGCGGAGUCGGUACUGA